AUGGAGUUCUCGUCGAGGAUGUCGUCUGAAACGUAUGGCGACCUGUCCGCUAGGGCGCGCACUAUCCUGACGACGCUCAGCAGUGCAAGAGAUUUCACGUCAUUGAACCGCUUUAUUUCAGCAAAUGUCACGUCGCAGCAUGAGGACGAGCCUCCGAUCUUUUCUAGAGACGCUUUCAUCCAAGACUGGGUGGACAUUUUGCAGCGGAUGCCGGGGUUUCAGCUCAACAUCAAGGAGGCAUGUGUCGACGAACAACAGCACAAGGUGUGGGUGCUUAGCGAAAUCACAGGUCUCCCCGGAGGCAUGAGGAAAGAGUCUGUCGAUAUGAUGACAUUUGACGAUGACGGACUACUGGUAAAGAGCGUCGAUUGUCAAAGGGUGUUGAGGAGGUGA